AUGUACUUCAGGGGCGACCGCGAUCUCAAGGCGAGCAUUGCGGCGGUGCUCCAGAAUCUGAUCCAGGCGACGGCGGCGCCAGGGGGAUCCGAAAUCCAGUGGGGAUUCCACUACCCUGCCGACGAUCCUCACGUUUACGGUGCUUCCUUCUGCCAGUCGUCCGAUAAACCGGCGGACUGCGGGCGGUGUCUCAGGAUGGCCAGAAACAUGCUUCUCCAUGGAUGUUUCCACGGCGCCGGCGCUGAGUUCUACUCCGAGCUCUGUUACUUGAGAUUUGAGUUUUACAACUUCGAUUCUUGA